UGGUAAGGUUGCUCAUGGUUAGGGUUGGUGAUUUAGGUUCCUCUUAAGUGGAACUUGCACCAGUUCAGCACGAGGGCUACCUGGCUCACAAGGUACAGUAUCUUCUAGAAACUGGACAAGAAUGGGCCAGAGUUGGGGACUAAAGAAGUCACCAUGAGGUUUCCCAGUUUGGAUAACAGAGUCUUGGUUAGGCCCAAGCAGUGUAAGCAGGGAGGAUCUAUCUCCAUACAGGGUUUUCACAGAUCUGUCUUUGACUUAUUGAGCUUCCUGCUGUGCUCCCAAACUGUAAUAUCCUAACCUUGGCAGACCCCAUCUGCCACCCCUCCAGCAGGUCUCUGCUCCCACAGACCUACUUUAAAGCCCUAGGACAAUUCCUGGCUCUGCUCUGCCUAUUUGGGUUUCCAGGCCAUGUAUUUUGAUGCUGUUUGAGGGCUCUAGAGACCCCUGCAGGGUGCUGUUAACUAUGCCUUCUUGCCCAGUGGCCAGCCUCUGUGCUCUGUCCCCCCUUCCCUACUGGAGAUGUCGCUCUUUUGUUGCUGCUGCUCCCUGCCCUCCCCAACCAAGGGUUGCUUGCCAGGAGGCUGGGUCACACAGCCGUGCACGUGAGCCAAGCCCUCAGGAGGAGAGGCUUGGUGUGGAGCCCUUCCCCUGCCACGUGCCAGAGGAGGGGAGGGACUGCAGAAGGAGCAGCCAGCUUUUGUCUGGGCAAAUGGGGGCAGCAGAGGGAGAACAAACCGGGAAAUGAACUCACUCAGACAGGCAGCCUUUGCAUAAGCUCCUUCUCAGGCAGCAAGAGCUGAGGAAUCUGGCUGCCAACCACCCAGCUUUAUACAGAGGCAUGUGGCUCUUUUCUUCAGCCCUCUUGCCUUUCCUUCUUGCUUGUAGAAAGCUCUUGGCACGCUGCAGAACUCUUUAUGUUGUUGUUGUUUAGCACACUCCCAGGCUCUGACUUGGGGAGCAUCAGCUGCCCCCCACAACUCUGCUCUAGUAAACUAGCUAGGGCUAUCAGGAGGGUGAGCCUCCAAGAGAGGAGCAUGGCACAGCCCACACCGCACAUCCCUCAGCGGUUCGAAAUGGGGUGGAGAGAGGCCCUUGGUGUGGUCAAAAAGGUUCCCAGAAGGCCCAUGGGGGAUUUUUCUGUCUGAUUAGAGAGAUACGGUCAGUCUCUGUCUCUAGGCGUCUCCACGUGGACACCAGGGAACCUGGAAUUGAGUCCCAGCUCUGGCCCUGCCUUGCUCCAUUACCUGAGGCACCUGUUCCAGCUCUCUGGGCUUCAUUUUCCCUCUCGAAUCAUCGAACUGAAUGGGCAGAAACCACCCCUUACCUACAAGCGCUUUCAGGCUAUCAUCAGCCGCAUGGAGCUGCCCAAGAAGCCAGUGGGAGCUGUGAGCAGCCAGCAGAUGGAGAGCUGCAAGGCAGAGAUCCAGGAGAACCAUGAUGACACCUAUGGAGUGCCUUCCCUAGAGGAACUGGGGUUCCCCACAGAAGGACUUGGCCCAGCAGUCUGGCAAGGAGGAGAGACAGAAGCUCUGGCCCGCCUGGAUAAGCACUUGGAACGAAAGGCCUGGGUUGCCAACUAUGAGAGACCUCGGAUGAAUGCCAAUUCCUUGCUGGCCAGCCCCACGGGCCUCAGCCCCUACCUGCGCUUUGGAUGCCUUUCCUGCCGCCUCUUCUACUACCGCCUGUGGGACUUGUAUAAGAAGGUGAAGAGGAACAGCACACCCCCCCUCUCCUUAUUCGGACAACUCCUGUGGCGAGAGUUUUUCUACACAGCGGCCACCAACAACCCCAGGUUUGACCGAAUGGAGGGGAACCCCAUCUGCAUCCAGAUCCCCUGGGACCGCAACCCCGAAGCCCUGGCCAAGUGGGCCGAGGGCAAGACAGGCUUCCCUUGGAUUGACGCCAUCAUGACCCAACUGAGGCAGGAGGGCUGGAUCCACCACCUGGCCCGGCACGCCGUGGCCUGCUUCCUCACCCGCGGGGACCUCUGGGUCAGCUGGGAGAGCGGGGUCCGGGUGUUUGACGAGCUGCUCCUGGACGCAGAUUUCAGCGUGAAUGCGGGAAGCUGGAUGUGGCUGUCCUGCAGCGCUUUCUUCCAACAGUUCUUCCACUGUUACUGCCCUGUGGGCUUCGGUCGACGCACAGACCCCAGCGGGGACUAUAUUCGGCGAUACCUGCCCAAAUUGAAAGGGUUCCCCUCUCGCUACAUCUAUGAGCCCUGGAAUGCCCCAGAGUCGGUUCAGAAGGCUGCCAAGUGCAUCAUUGGUGUGGACUACCCACGGCCCAUUGUCAACCAUGCAGAGACUAGUCGGCUCAACAUUGAGCGGAUGAAGCAGAUUUACCAGCAGCUCUCACGAUACCGGGGACUCUGUCUGCUAGCAUCUGUCCCUUCCUGUGUGGAAGACCUCAGUCACCCUGUGGCAGAGCCCAGUUCUAGCCAGGCUGGGAGCAUCAGCAAUACGGGCCCCAGACCAUUAUCUAGUGGACCAGCUUCCCCCAAACGCAAGCUGGAAGCAGCUGAGGAGCCUCCUGGUGAAGAACUAAGCAAGCGUGCGAGGGUGACAGAGAUGCCUGCCCAAGAGCCAGCGAGCAAGGAUGCCUGAGACUGGAAAGCCAUUGCUCCGAGAGCAGAGCCCAGGUGCCUGAGCUGCCACGGCCACAGAGCGAAACCUACAGAGAAGCCAGUCACCAACAGACAGCGAGCAAGAGUGUGUGUAUGUGUGUGUGUGUGCACGCAGGUGUGCUUGUGUGUGCGUGCACGCGGCGUAGUGUGCCAUUUGCGUGUGCAUGCAUCUGUUUACACUCUGGGCUGGAGAUGUCCAGGGAUCAUGCCUCCUAACCAGGGCUGCUUCCUGACCUCCAGACACAAGACCCAAAGCUGUCCCUGGGAGUCCCCUUCCUUGUCCUAGUAGGGUGAUAGGGCCCUAGCUCAAAUUCUGGUCUCUGCCUCCCCAGACAACUCUUCCUCCCUCGUAUCUCCAGACAGGGAGGUAGAGGGCCACAGCUUUUGACUCUCAUCUGAAGCAUGAAGUUCCAGAAGCAGCCAGAGUCCUGCUGACUUAGUUCCCACUUUCUGACACUAGAACCUGAGCAGCUGGAGUAGCUGCUUCCCAUACUGACUUAAACAGUUGGACAGUCUUCUUUUAAAAUCCCAUGUUACUGGCAGGGCAGGCCCUGGGUGUCUAACACUGCAGACUGGCUGGCGUGUUGUGUGCCCAAUCCUGCCUAUGCCAGCCUCAGAUGGCAUUAUCUGUCUCUGUAGGACCUUCUAGAAGUCAAGUGAGGCAUAGACCCCAAGUCUUCUAGCCCUUCCCUAACAGCUAGGGUCCAGUCUCGGCCUCCCAGGAGCUGUGGAUGAGCCAGGGUCUGAGCUGGUGGAGGAAACCAGGACCCAUGGCUUAGGGGCUCCUGGCUCCUCAGGCCACACUCCUAGGCAUGAAAUGCUCCAGCAAGUACUGCUGACACCAGCCAGGCAAGCUGGCCAGUCUGUGCUCUACAGGCUUCCGCCCCCCACCCCACUCGCCCUGCACUAGGUGACACCCACACAGCCCUGUCAGUGCUCCAGGACUGGGCCUCAAGGGACCCAGAGGGACUGCCUGGGGUGGGGCACUACCUGGGGCGGUUGGCAACAGGUCAGGCAGAGAUCACACCUGGCACACCAUCCCCUUCCAGGGCAGCAGGGGAAGAUUUGGCUCAGAGAAGCCAAGCCUGCUUUCCAGGGAGUCCCUUCCCCCUCCCACUGCAGCGUCCUGUGGAGAAAGAAGUUGUGAAAAGAAGGAUCUGAGUGCAACUGAGCAAGUCUUCCUUCCACCCCAUGGCCUGCACUUGAGCCGUGUGUGUGUGUGUGUGUGUGUGUGUGUGUGUGUGUGUGUAUGUGUGUUCCUGUUGGGGUUUUUGUUCUCACAUGUAACAUUAAGCUGGCCUCUGGGCCUUUUCCUCUCUACCUCCCCUGUGACCUUUCCUAGCCUCAGAGUUGUUAAUGCCCUUGGCCCUGACCUUCACUGUGUCAGACAAGAACCCAAGAACCCUGGGGUCAGGUCCCCUCUCCUCCAGCUGUCCAGCACAUCUGACAGGCUUCUUUUUGAGAUGGCCUCAGGUUUUCUCAGCAGAGAGCUGCCUUUAGUCCAACUGUUCAUGUCCAUCGUUCUGAUUAGAAGCAUCCUGUGACCAUGUGGAAGAAUGGGGCACUGGUGAUAUGUGUUCAGGGCUCUGGGCUGUGGCCUCCCUGCUCCUUAGCCCCAGGCCAAGAGGAAAGAGCCAAGGGAUCUUGCUAGAGGAAAAGCAAGGCAAGCCUGGAGAACUGGUCUGAAGAGGAUCAAAGGCUAGGUCUGGAUCCAGUAUUUAUUUCGCAACACCUUCAGCUAUGGGGGCAAUGCCCUUCUCUGCUUUUUUGAUGAUGGCUCUCUUCCCAAGGUACAAGUUGGCAAGAUCACCUGCCCUUCCAUCUCCUUGACAUGCUGGCUCAUUCCCAGGACAGCCUUCCAAUGAAUGAAAUGGUCUACUCCCAGAGCUAUGUGAUGGAGUGGCCUGGGGGCUGGGGUGGCUUCAUGACUCCUUUUGCCUAGCCUGAGUGCCCUUGAGGGCUGUCACAGAACAGCGCCCCAUGUCCUGCUCCUGGGACGUAGCAUGGAGAAGAGAUGGUCGCAGGCAAGAAGCACUUUAUGGAGUUCCCUAUUCCUGGGAAGGUUGUGUUUUGCCCAAUUUGUCUGUGAACAUUUACUUGUUUUAUAAAUGUCUGAUCCUGUCUGAGUAAA